UCUCUCCCCCCUCCCUCUCUCUUCUACCACUGGUUCUCCCUUGUCCUAUUUUCAAAACAUAUGAACUAUUCUACGUGAGGACUGAAUAGCGCGGUCGCUGCACAUAUUACCACAACAUGUCGUUCCUUGGUGGCGCCGAGUGCUCUACAGCCGGAAACCCGCUGACGCAGUUUACAAAGCAUGUUCAAGAUGACAAGUCCCUGCAACGUGAUCGCCUCGUCGGACGCGGUCCGGGAGGCAUGCAGGAAGGCAUGCGGUCUAGAGGAAUGAUGGGUGGUCAAGAUCAGAUGAUGGACGAAUUUUCUCAACAACCCGGCCAACUACCGGGCGCUAGCCCUCAGCCCUUCGCGAUGGAACAACUCAGACGUGAACUGGACCAGUUUCAGAACGCACCCCCGCGGACAGGAUCUCCGGGCUGGGCGGCGGAGUUCGAUGCCGGUGAGCAUGCACGGAUGGAGGCCGCCUUCAAUGGGUCCCAAGGUCCGAUGAUGAACGCUCCCGCGGGAUUCAACCCGGCCGAAUUCGCCCGAUUCCAACAACAGAGUCGAACUGGCAUGCCCCAGGCGGCUCACCCCUCCGUCGCCUCCGCCCCGUCCCCGAUGCUGGCUGGUUACCAGCGCCCUAUGGGCUACAUGGGCAUGGGGGGUAUGGGGAUGAUGCAUCAGAACUUCGGCCCGAUGGCCAUGCACCAGCAGCAGCAGCAACCGGCCGAGGCCGUCACGCAGGACAAAGGCAAGGGGCGGAUGGUGGAGCUCGAUGACGAGAACUGGGAGGCGCAGUUCGCGGAGAUGGAGACGGCGGAUACCCAGACGCUGGACGAUGCGGCCAACGCAGCCAUGGAGGCAGAGCUGAAUGAGCUGGACAGGUCAGUCCCCACCACCACCUCCACCACCACUACUACCGCCAAUGAGGAGAGUUUCGAUGCGUUUGAGAACGUGUGGCAAAGAGUUCAAGCUGAGGCGGCAGUAACUAGGAAACUGGCGGACGGUGAGACCGAUUUCAACAUCGACGAGAACCUUCACAUGGGCGAUAUGGGUGACUGGGAUGGAUUCGAGACCCUCAACACGCGGUUCCGCAACCCGCAACUAGGCGAGUACCUGUUCGAGGAAGACAAUGUUUUCCAGAAUGUCAACAACCCAUUCGAAGAAGGUGUCAAGAUUAUGAGGGAGGGUGGCAACUUGUCUCUGGCUGCGCUGGCCUUCGAGGCGGCGGUCCAGAAGGACCCACAGCACGUACAGGCUUGGACGAUGUUGGGGACCGCGCAGGCCCAGAACGAGAAAGAACUGCCCGCGAUUCGAGCUCUGGAGCAAGCCCUGAAGAUCGAUGCUGGCAACUUGGAUGCGCUCAUGGGUCUGGCCGUCUCUUACACAAAUGAGGGCUACGAUUCUACCGCCUACCGUACUUUGGAGCGCUGGCUCUCCGUCAAAUACCCGCAGAUUAUCAAUCCCAAGGAUGUAUCCGAAGACGCUGACCUUGGGUUCACGGAUCGUCAGCUGCUCCAUGACCGGGUCACCGAUCUCUUCAUCCAGGCUGCUCAACUGUCUCCGUCGGGUGAGCAGAUGGACCCGGACGUGCAGGUGGGUCUGGGUGUCCUGUUCUACUGCGCAGAAGAGUACGACAAGGCAGUCGACUGCUUCUCGGCUGCGCUGGCCUCGACGGAGUCUGGAACUACCAACCAGCAGGAGCAGCUGCAUCUACUCUGGAACCGUCUCGGUGCCACGCUGGCCAACUCCGGUCGGUCCGAGGAGGCCAUCGAGGCGUACGAGCAGGCGCUGAACAUCAACCCCAACUUCGUCCGGGCUCGCUACAACCUGGGCGUUUCCUGCAUCAACAUUGGCUGCUACCCGGAGGCCGCGCAGCACCUCCUGGGCGCUUUGUCGAUGCACCGGGUCGUCGAGCAAGAGGGUCGGGAACGGGCGCGCGAGAUCAUCGGCGGCGAGGGAGGCAUCGCCGACGAACAGCUGGAACGCAUGCUCCAUGUCAGCCAGAACCAAAGCACCAACCUGUACGACACGCUGCGGCGGGUGUUCAGCCAGAUGGGACGGCGGGACCUGGCCGAUCAAGUCGUGGCCGGGAUGGACGUCAACGUGUUCCGGAAGGAAUUCGAGUUCUAGAGCGGUUCUGCUGGCAGGAAGCAUAGAGAGUUUGAAUUUGAUCAGAUUUAUUCAUGUAUGUAUGUUCCUUUUGAAAUGAGGUGAUGGGGGUAGAUGAGAUACCAAUUGUAGCAGCAUGGCAGCAUAGCAGCAGAGCAGCAGAGCAACAACAUUUGAGACUAUACAAUACAAGAUUGUGCGGCUGCAGAAGAUAAUCAAGAAUGC